AUGAUGCUGAAAGUUGUAUUAAAGCACUCAAGUUCAUUUGAAUUUUAUUGUACUUGGAAGGCUUGUUGUAAUUCACGAAUGCAAUAUAUUAAAAGCAAUACCACUAAAGAAAUUUUGGGAAAAUGGCCAUUUUACAAACAACCAAGUGGUUAUCGACUGAUUGACAUGGACUUUGAAGCAUCAUUUACUCCACAGGAUACAUUACUAGAAAAAUGGGAAGCAUGUUUUAAUGACAUUUUAUCUUUUCUAUCUAAAGAUAACCAUGUCAAAGAUAAAAAUGUGAAAAAAAUCAUUGAGAAAUUAUCGACUGAUGUUGGCAUAUCAGAGAAUGGAGAUCAUGCUGCUUUGAUAUGGGCACUCCACGGUUACUUUGUCCCUGCAAAUAAAAUGGUCCGAAUCGAUCCCAAGACAUCCAAGAAGACAUUUAUAAAAUUUACCAUCAAAGAUUCACAAGAAUCUGUAGUUUUUGUUGGUGAAACUCAACAAAAUAUUGAAGACUACAUAGACCAUGUCAGAAAAACCAAAACUUCUCUACAGCCUUCACUUUUCUGUGUAGGCGCUUUUCAAACGUUCAUUUUCAAUAAUACAAAUAAUACCCAUCUCAUCAAAUCUGUGACUGUGAAAUCAGAAAGUUGUGGUAUUCUGGGUUUCAUUCAUGUGCUUUGUACAGUACUCGGCAAGAUUGCAGUAGACUUAUUAUAUGACUGGAUUAACCACCACGAGAAAACUUACACCUCAAAACACAAUUAUCGGUCUAUAGGAUACCGGAAUACAGGUGUCGUGUUCAUUCCAAGACUGAGUGAUCGAGGCUACUUACGUCCAUUGAUCGAGUUCCCUUUUCUCAGUUCCCACUGCGUACAAUACAGAUAA